AUGAAGUUCGCCAAAGAAUUGGAGGCUGACUUGGUACCGGAAUGGCGGGCUAAAUAUCUGGAUUACAAGCAAGGGAAGAAGAAAUUAAAGGCUGUUGGCCGCGCCCUACAAAAAGUCGAGCGUACAAGCCCGCCUGAUGGCCGUCGCGACUCGUCGCCGCUUGCGACUUUUGGAAAAGCCCCCUUCUACGCCUUUCUGAACCGACCUACGACCAGGACGAGCGGGAGAAGAGCCAGCAGUGGAGAUCUGGGCGCUGUUCCGUCUACCCACGAAGACGACCAUCAUGGUUCGACAUCCUCCGCCAUGCCCAUUCCUGGCGCACAAGAUUUGGAAAGCACUCCUCUUCAGAUACAUGGUGACGGAAGACACAUGACACGCUAUGGGAGUAUCAUUGGCUCUCCUCCAAACAUUGCCAGUCCACCAAAGGCUUCGCGCCCAAGCGAGGACUCAAGCCGGUCGUUAAAACUGCCUGGUCCUGCGUUGGGCGCCCCAGCUCGUCGCAGUGCUAUGCGUCAAGAGUCUUCUGGUAGCGCCUACCAGGUUGGCGAAAACACCCCGAAACACCCCCACUUCAAUCUUCCUUCUAGGUACAGGAGUGUAUUUCAGCCGAAACGAGUUAAUUCCAUGCCCGGCGUCCAGGAUGCUCAACCUACUCGCCCACCAACCAGGAGAAUGUUUAGCGGCUUUCGUGGCAGCGACUCUACCCCCGAUGAUAUAGCCCUUGAAGCCUACAGAGAGAUUGAUGUUCGACAGUCUCAAUUCUUCAUGUUCCUGGAUAAAGAGAUGGAGAAGAUCGAAGAGUUCUACAAGAAAAAGGAGGACGAGGCUACUGAGCGACUCAAAGUCCUGCGAGAACAAUUACAUAUGAUGCGUGACCAGCGUAUGGAAGAGAUUCUCUACGCAACCUCCCGGACUAAGCGCCCAUCAAACAGCACAGACCUCUUGUCAAAUGGCAUGUUGUCCAGGAAUAGCACUGCUGGAGGUGAAGAGUCUCAGCUCAUCAAGAAGAAUGGACAUGUGAAGAAUGGCUGGACCAAGGCAGUCAAUGGUAUACCCGGUAGAAAGAGAGUCCCACAAACAGGCAAGACUUUCGAAGCCAUGAAGCAGUUGAGCACACCUAGCGGGCCUCGCCCAAUGGAAGACAGCAGAGACUACAUUCGGAAAAGUGGCCACCCGGAAGUACCGUAUAGAACUGCUAAGCGCAAGUUGAAGAUCGCUCUGGCUGAGUACUACAGAGGUUUGGAAUUACUCAAGUCAUACGCUCUACUGAACAGGACGGCCUUCCGCAAAAUCAACAAGAAAUAUGACAAGACAGUCAAUGCUCGACCAUCUGGCCGAUACAUGACUGAGAAGGUCAACACUGCAUACUUUGUCAACAGUACAAUCGUGGACGGUCACAUCCAAGCUGUCGAAGACAUGUACGCUCGCUACUUCGAACGUGGUAAUCACAAGAUCGCAGUGGGCAAGCUGCGGGCCAAAGUCGCAAGAUAUGGAGACUAUACUGGGAGCGUGUUCCGCAAUGGAGUACUUCUGGCCACAGGCGUCGUCUUUGGUAUAGAAGGACUUGUCUAUGGCACCCAACUUUUGUACCACGACGAUCCGUCGAUCGCUUCCCACACAUCUUACCUCCUCCAGUGGCGACUGUGCCUCGCUGGAAUCUUCCCUGUCGAGUUCAGAGACUUUUUCCUCGGCGACAUGUUCUGCUCGCAGACAUACGCUCUUGGAAACAUUGAGCUCUUCUUCUGCCUUUACGCUAAUGAUUGGAACAACCCUGCACAGUGCAACUCAUCACACUCUCGACUCCUUGGAUUCUUUGCCACCCUUCCAGGCAUCUGGCGUGCUCUUCAGUGUCUUCGCAGAUAUGCCGAUACAAGAAGUCUUUUCCCUCACAUGGCCAACUUCGGAAAAUACAUGUGUACCAUCCUCUACUACAUGAGCUUGAGUUUAUGGCGUAUCAACAAGAUCGAAAGGUUACGAGUACUGUUCAUCUUCUGGGCAACCGUCAACGGCGUCUACUGCAGCGUUUGGGAUAUCGUCAUGGACUGGAGUUUGAUGGACCCGUAUGCAAAGCAUCCUUUCCUGCGCAACACACUCGGCUUCAAAUACGCUUGGUGGUACUACGUUGCGAUAGUGCUUGAUCCGAUUCUUCGUUCCAACUGGAUCUUCUAUGCUAUUUACGGACAUGAUGUGCAACAUUCGUCAAUCAUAUCCUUCAUGAUUGCCUUCACCGAAGUCCUUCGACGUGGCAUGUGGCAGUUGUUCAGAGUUGAGAAUGAACAUUGCACCAAUGUGAGCCGUUACCGGGCAUCGCGUGAUGUGCCGCUACCCUACGAACUCAGCAAGACGGAGACCGAAGCAGAGCCCGCUGAAGAUAUUGAAGACAGACACUCGGACGACCUUGAAGCACAACACCCUGGCAGCGUUACACUUACACCCUCGACAGCGACUGGGACGAUCAAGCAGUCGCCAGAGCGAAAGUGCUACGUAAAGGAUAGCAACCUGGAUAGCAGCUCAGUAGAGAGUCGUGGCACGAGUAGCGAUGUCAUAAUCUUACCUUGGAACAGGGCAGGUGCGGUGCGGGGACAGGCCGCGAGGAAUGGAAAGCAUGUACUAAAGCUACGCGAAUACAGAGCCGCAAACAUGGGCUUCUUCAAACAUCUUCGCGCAAAGUCGCAUAACAAGGGCAGCGAAAGCAGCACCAACAGCCCAAAACGCUCUCCUCUUGCUAUUCGACCUGGACGUGACUUUGCUGCCAAACUUCCCAAUGACAUACUCACAAAGAUUAUGGUGCAGGUUGCGCCGCAUACCCAGGAUGAGACAUACGAGCCUAGUGAGAGGUCGACAAUCGGCGAGGGGUGCAUGUUGUGCGACUUGAGAGAUCUGGCAAAGGCAGGUCAAGUCUGUCGCCGUUGGUACAAUGCUGCUGCCACUGUCUUCAGCGUCCGCAUCGAUGCCGUCCACUACUGCGAACUCGAGGAAAUCCUCGCCGAGAAGAGACAGAAANAGACAUUCCUCAAAGCCNCCAUCGAGUCCGGCGACGUUCCUACCAUCAGAUUGGCCCUCUUCUCCCGUACCGUACGAGAAAACCCGAACCUGGGACAUGGCGUUACUAUGCUCAAGCUACCAUACAUGACGCGAGAGACCGCANAAGCCGACCUCGCCCGCACCAUAUCCGUUUUGCCCAACUUGAAAUAUGUUGAUCUGCCCGAUGGAGCUUUCAAUGGCGACCCGAACUGUAUGCCUCUAGUCCACGAGUUACAAGCACGCUGUCCCGACAUUCGCAAGAUGAGCUACAGACAGGGUUCCGAAGGUUCUUUUGAACAACUCGCUCGUCGUAACUGGCAAGCCCUGGAGAUUGUCGAGAUUUCGGGUAUCCAGGUUGAGCCCAGUACACUCCGUAUCGUCCUCGGUUCGCUACCAGCUUUGCGUGAACUCACAAUGACUGAUCUCCCGUGGCUGGACGACACCAUCUUUUAUCAAUCCCCCAUGCUCCCAGAUUUCCCUGCUCUGCGUACUCUAGCUUUCGAAAAUACUCCGCGAAUCACCGCUGAGGGUAUGGGCGUCUAUUUCGAGAAACCCCUAAACCGCAACACCCUCAAUGACCUUUCACUUAACGGCACCGGUAUCGACCCAAUCCACCUACACCACUUCCUGUUCGAUGCUUCAUCCCUACACUUUUUAUCCAUCGUCGAAACCGUCUCCAACUCUCUCGCUCUCUCGCUCAACGACCUUCCACCUCUCGAGUCCAUCUCUCUCAAAGUCCUCCACUACGAACUUACCGAUUCAGAAGAUGCCCAUGGCCUACAGAAACCCGCAGCUUCAUACUACGCAUACUUGGCUCAAUCACUACAUGCCAAUGGUCUACCUGCUCUCUCGCAGCUGUACGUUCGUGAUCCCGAUUUUGCCGAGAUCAUGCUGCUCCCUGCACCUCCAACACCUUUCAUGGAUGGAGGCGGCAACCAGCGACAGAGCGUCGUGGGAGCUAUGAAUCCUCCUCGUGGAUUGCACCAGCCUCUGGAAGUCUUCUCGAAGGGUCUGGACGAGGUCGAAUGGGCUUUCACAGCGUAUCAACCACCAGCUCCAACUCACGGCCGUCAUGGAUCCGGUAGCAGUGGACGUCCACAGAGCGCAUACAGUGCCGCCCGCGGUCUUGGUCCUCAAUGGGCGCAAGGUGGGUUUGGUGGCGACGCACGCAAAAGUGUCAUCGUUGGCAAUGGCUAUGGUGGUUUCCUAGCAGUCCCGCAGGAAGAAGUUGCACGACCAAGAUCAUCAGCAGGCCCCGUAUCUCGUAGCUGGGGCAGUGGCAGCAGUCCUGGAAAUGGAGGCGGUGCGCUCGCUGCUCUUGCUACCAUGGGUACCAGUGUUGGCAGCAGUGCUGGUGGCAUUGGAGGUCGUGCCAGCUGGCUGAAACCUCCACCAAAGAUUCCUGGUGCCGAAGGCAAUGGAGGCCACAAGCGCGCUGGUAGUCGACAGGAUCUAUGGCGAUGA